AUGGAUGCUCUGGCAAAGAAAUGUGCCAAAUAUGCACCACUCGGACGAAUAGCCUUUCCCAUAGAUAUAGCCAAAGGAGUGGUAUUUUUGGCUUCAAGUGACGCUCAGUUCAUAACCGGUCACAACCUGGUCAUUGAUGGCGGACUCAAGGAUUCACGAAAUUUUACGGGAAAAGUAGUUUUAGUGACCGGUAGUAGUAAUCGUAUCGGUGAACAGACUGUCAAACUAUUCUCGGCAUUGGGUGCCAGUGUUGUGGUCACCGGUAGGCGAGAGGCAGAGGUUCAACAGGCGGUUAAAGAAGUACAGGAAGUGUCGCCAACAAAGUUAGAGCCAUUAGGAGUUGUGGCCGAUUUAACCAAAGAUGCAGACAUUGAGCGUCUGUUCAAUGAAACCAUUAAGAAAUUCAAUAGAUUGGAUGUAUUGGUGAACAACGCCGGUCUAUAUUUGAAAGCCAAUGCAACCGAUAAAGACUUUUUGGAUAUUUUGGAUCAACAACAGAGGGUUGACGUGAAGGCAUCCCUACAACUCAUACGACUGAGUGUCCCGUAUUUGCAAAAGACAAACGGAUCCAUAAUAAACGUGGGCAGCGACUUCGCUGAGAGACCGCAAAGACAGCUAUCAGCCUACGAUAUGGCUAAGACUUCGCUGACUAUGGUAUCCAAUGUAUUGGCCAUAGAGUUGGGUCCACAAGGCAUACGAGUUAAUACUAUUAGUCCUGGUAUUGUAGAUGAUAAGGAGUUCCUGAUCAAGAAAUGUGCAAAAUAUACACCACUUGGAAGGAUAGGUCAACCCAUUGAUAUAGCUAAAGGUGUGGUAUUCCUGGCCUCAAGUGAUGCUCAAUUCAUAACCGACUACGAAGAGGUGAAGAACUCGCGAAACUUUACGGGAAAAGUAGUUUUGGUGACCGGAAGUAGUUCUGGCAUUGGGGAGGGAAUCGUCAAACUAUUCGCUAUAUUGGGGGCCAAUGUUGUGGUGACCGCCAGAAAAGAGGCUGACGUUCAUAGAGUGGCACAAGAAGUACAACAAUUAUCUCCGUAUAAACUAAAGCCAUUAGAAGUGGUGGCGGAUGUGACCAAAACCGAAGACUUGGAAAGACUGGUGAAUGAAACGAUCAAAACAUUUGGAAAGUUAGAUGUUUUGGUGAACAACGCGGGCAUUGGGAGUAUGACUAAAAUAGAUGACAAAGACUUGAUGUCAAAAUGGGAUCAAAUUUUUAACGUCGACUUGAGAGCAGUCGUACAACUCAUUCAUCUAUCGGUUCCUUAUCUUAAGGAAACCAACGGAACAAUAAUCAACACAUCGAGUGAUGUCGGAUUGAUUCCGAUCAACGUUAUGUUAGCCUAUAGUAGUGCCAAAGCGGCCCUGGAUAUGACGACCAAAGUACUAGCACUGGAACUAGGAUUACAUGGCAUUCGUGUCAAUGCUAUCAAUCCGGGUUAUACUGAAACAAAUAGUGGUGUUUUGCCAAAAGACAUGAUAGAAAUCAUUGAAAAACAUACACCACUUCGACGUAUUGGACAGCCAUUGGACAUCGCAAAGGGAGUGGUAUUCCUGGCCUCAAACUACGAAGAGGUGAAGAACUCGCGAAACUAUACGGGAAAAGUAGUUUUGGUGACCGGAAGUAGUUCUGGUAUUGGGGAGGGUAUUGUCAAACUGUUCUCCAUAUUAGGCGCUAAUGUUGUGGUCACCGGUAGGAAAGAGGCGGACGUUCAUAAAGUGGCACAAGAAAUAGAAACAUUAUCGCCGUAUAAGAUCAAGCCAUUAGAAGUUGUGGCAGAUUUGACUAAAUCUGAAGACAUCACCAAAUUAGUGGAUCAGACCAUUAAGAGGUUCGGGAAGUUGGAUGUGUUGGUCAACAACGCCGGUAUCGGUUUAGGCACUCGUAUUGGAGACAAAAAAUUGUUGGAGGCUUGGGAUCAGGUGUUUGGAGUGGACGUGAGGGCUGUGGUUGAAGUGAUUCACACAGCACUUCCAUACCUCGAGAAGACUAACGGCACUAUAAUUGAUACGUCGAGUGUAGCAGGCACAAUACCGAUAAUCGGAUCGUUAGCCUAUAAUAGCGCCAAAGCGGCCCUCAAUAUGUUGGCUAAAGUACUGGCACUAGAAUUGGGUCCCAAAGGUAUUCGAGUCAAUACUAUCAGUCCGGGCUAUACUGAAGUGGACAGCCAUUUUCUUCCGCCGGACUAUAAGAAAAUAAUUGAGAAACAGACACCUCUUAGACGUAUUGGACAGCCGUUGGAUAUGGCGAAAGCCAUUGCAUUCCUGGCCUCAAGUGAUGCUCAGUUUAUAACCGACUACGAAGACGUGAAGAACUCGCGAAACUUUACGGGAAAAGUAGUUUUGGUGACCGGAAGUAGUUCUGGCAUUGGGGAGGGAAUCGCCAAACUGUUCGCUAUAUUGGGGGCCAAUGUUGUGGUGACCGCCAGAAAAGAGGCUGACGUUCAUAAAGUGGCACAAGAAUUGGAACAAUUAUCUCCGUAUAAGAUCAAGCCAUUAGAAGUUGUGGCGGAUGUGACUAAAUCUGAAGACAUCACCAAAUUAGUGGAUCAGACCAUUAAGAGGUUCGGGAAGUUGGAUGUGUUGGUCAACAAUGCCGGCGGCGUGGAUCAGACCAUUAAGAGGUUCGGGAAGUUGGAUGUGUUGGUCAACAAUGCCGGCGGCGGUGUCUCCACUCGUAUAGAAGACAAGAAUUUGUUGGAGGCCUGGGAUCAGGUGUUUGGGUUGGACUUGAGGGCUGUGGUUGAACUGAUUCACACCGCACUUCCAUACCUCGAGAAGACUAACGGCACUAUAAUUGAUACGUCGAGUAUAGCGGGUACAGCACCGAUGAUCGGGAUGUUAGCGUAUAAUAGCGCCAAAGCGGGCCUCAAUAUGUUGGCUAAAGUACUGGCCCUUGAAUUGGGUCCCAAAGGCAUUCGAGUGAACACUCUCAGCCCGGGCUAUACUGAAGUGGACUCUCGUUCAAUGCCUAUCGAGCAAAAAAAAUUAAUUGAAAAACAGACACCUCUUAAACGUAUUGGACAGCCGUUGGAUAUGGCGAAAGCCGUUGCAUUCCUGGCCUCAAGUGAUGCCCAGUUUAUAACCGACUAUGAAGACGUGAAAAACUCGCGAAACUUUACGGGAAAAGUAGUUUUGGUGACCGGAAGUAGUUCUGGCAUUGGGGAGGGAAUCGUCAAACUGUUCUCCAUAUUAGGCGCUCAUGUGGUGGUCACCGGUAGGAAAGCCGAUGAAGUCCACAAAGUGGCACAAGAAGUGCAAGAGUUAUCACCAAAUAAACUAAAGCCAUUAGAAGUGAUCGGAGAUCUGACAAAGACUGAGGAUAUGACCAGACUUUUGGACGAAACGAUUAAAACAUUUGGAAAAUUAGAUGUUUUGGUGAAUAAUGCGGGCAUUUAUUAUGAGACAAAUAUCACUGACAAGGAUUUGCUAACCAAAUGGGAUCAGAUGUUUAACAUUAACUUAAGAGCUGUCGUACAACUCAUUCACCAAUCGGUGCCAUAUCUGGAGGAGACUAACGGAACAGUUAUUGAUAUGUCGAGUAUUGAAGCCACUCGUCCCAUGCUAAACUACUUGGCCUACGAUAGUGCCUAUGCGGCUACAGAUAUGUUGGUAAAGGUAAUAGCCAUGGAAUUAGGACCUAAAGGCAUACGAAUCAAUGCAAUCAAGCCCGGGUUCGUUAUGCAUCCAAACAUAACAGUGCCAAAGGAUAAAGUGGACCAAUUAAAAAGGGAGACACCACUGGGUAGACCCGGUGCCCCCUUAGACAUCGCCAAAGGGGUGGCAUUUCUGGCCUCAACUGACGCUCAGUUCAUAACGGGUGUCACUCUUGUCAUCGAUGGCGGACUCGUCUUCAAUAUAACACCAUUUUAAACGACAC